AUGACGAACGACGCGACGACCGAGGUGAACGUUACAAGUUAGUAGUUUCACCGAAUCAAUCUACCUCUUUCGUGCGACUUUUUGAACUCGACAAGUGAAGAUUUUACUGACAAAACUCGUUGUUUCACAUAGUACAGAUUUGAUUUUCAAGAAACGCUAGGUAUGUCGACAUCCAAGGUCGCGAGCAAAAAUAAACCGUAAAGCAUCUACUACUUGACACCGAGUGCGAGUGGACCACACCACGCUCCAAUAAAACAAAAUGGCUGGGUCGACAUUUUCGGAACAGGUCCGGACGGUCUGCGAAAUCCUGUCCGUCGAUGAGGCGCUCGCGAAGGCGUUGAUCAAGAAAUUCCGGUCCGUCGACGUGGCUUGCGACAAAUAUUUGUCGAAUCCGGAGCGGUUCGCCAAUUUAGUGGCAACCAUGAACGUCAACGCAAAUAAUACCCCCGGAGGGGGUGCCGGCACCAGAAAUGGCGCGCAGCAAGGCGGUUCUGCGAGUAGUAGCUCUGCUGCGAUGCAUCAAGCUAAUGCGUUCGCAAACUACCACAACGCAGUUCUACCAAAUAGUAAAACGACCCAGGAGAUGAAACUCGCAGAGGAAGCCGCGGCAAAGGUUGCGGCCCAGUUGCUAGAUGUUGUAGCCGGGGGCGGGGAUAGAAGUUUGGCUACAAACAUCAAAAUUGGUGCACCUCCUACAGGAGCCUCCGCAUCCUCAUCCUCGUCUUCCGCGCUUCAAACAACCGCAGAGCCAAAUAGUAUUAUGGACGCUGCAAAGCGGGAGGAGCUUCGAAAAACCGUAUCAACAUAUAAAGGCUUUCUUGCUUUUCAAAAAUUAAUUUUUAGUUUUUUCAUCACUGUCAGUGCCAGGACCCAGUAGUUUGCUUUGAGUCUAACAGUAAGUUCCUUGUGUGAUAUAUGAUAUCGCAACUGUCGCUUGAUAUCUGUACAUGAUUUAUUUUCCAUUUCCCAAACCUCCAGAUCGAAGCCCUGGUCCUGAAGGAGUCCAAGGACCUGCUCGCAACCACAAAAAGCACCGAGCCGAAAACGGUGGACGAGCUCUUCGCACAGUACAGUAGAACGCACGGAGGUAGUGCUGGUGGGUCUUCAUCCUCGUCCUCGCUUCCCUUUUGUAUUCCCUCCAACAAGUUUCUGGGUGCGAAGCCCGGGUACUAUUUUGGCACGAAAAACUACGAGGUUAUGGGGAGCCGGCAGGACUUCACGGCGAUGACGAACACGACCUCCCCGCACGACUACCACAACAUGAAAGAGCGCGACAAAGAGGCCGACGCGCGCAACCGGUCGCUCGUGUCCAUUCGGACGCUAUGGACUGCAAAAAUGUCUGGGUCUGGAAGAAUACAAACUUGUGAUGCGCAUUUCCGAACACAGAAAGAUCUCUCAUGCAUAGGUAGCAAAAGCUGCCCAAUUUCUGUCACCAGAAUGGGGGAUUUGUGAUGCGGAUUCGGCAUGACGGAAGCUUCUCGAAACCUGUGAUGCCAGAGCUUCCAUGCCAGACCUUCUGUGUCAUGCAAAAACAGCAUGACUCCUCCAGGCCCAGACAUUUUUACAUUUGAUAGACGCUGGUGGGGUACCACAGGGACUUCACGGGCGAAAGAUUGGAGGACCGGUACGGAAAAGUGGUGCGGGACCUGCUCGUGGAGAGGCUUCCACCAGCAUCUUUCUCUUCCGGAAUAAUUCAACAACAUCAAGAGGUUGGACUUGGAGGAGACCAGAACAACGGACUCAACAUCACAGGACGGCGAGAACGAGAUGAAGAAAACAAUAGCACGAAUAACUUAAACUUUCCUGGACAAACUGUCGGUGACAAUCAGGUGCUGGAUGAUGUUGAAGCUAUCUUACAAGGUGUAGUUGAUGAAAACGAGGACAACAGCGACGUCGUGGGAACCAUAAAUGAAUCUAUCCUGCGGCCGCCGACCAGCCACGCGGAGCUUGCGAUGCGGUUUGCGGCGAUGGGCGAGCAGGUCGGGCCGGCCGGCAACCGGAACUACGCACAGCACCAUCGGAGGGGGAACAACCGAGACCGCCACUAUGACGACGACAGCUUUAUUUCUGACGAGGACGAUUUCUACUCGGACGAGGAUUCUUAUGGAAGCGUCAGGUUUGAAAUCGACAAAGUUGAAAUGAUUUCUCAUGCAUAAAGUGCAAGGCAUGAAGUGCCUGUCUUGCCGGGAUGGCAAAUGAGGCAGAUUAUGAGCCUAUUUAGGGUUUGAAAUAGAGCUACUAAACUCGCAUGACAAAAGCAAUCUUCUGUGCCCAAACAGCAUGACAAAUUGGAUUCCGGUGCUCGGAAAAUUUGUCAUGCGCCGCUUGAUAAGUGGGCUUCCGACUGGUAUCUGUUUUAUGCAUGACAAACUCAAACUAUUUCAACUUUGACGAUUUCAAACCUGACACAUCCAUCAUUCCGAAGCGACCCGGGAGGAGGAAUUGCCGCCCGAGUACGGGGUAUGCAAUGUAAAUUUCCUGUACAUGUACAAAAUGCAUGACAAAUUUCGCUACCUUGCAGAGUCCAACUUGUCAUGCUGGACUAGGAUUGAAGGCAAGUUUUGUCAUGCAGAGACCGCAUUUGUACGUGUACGGGAAAUUUACUGUGGAUACGGGGAGCAGCUGGUGUAUGAAGACAUGCGGUUCGAAAAACUGUCCGGCUUAACGCGGUCCAGGUUCACCGAACAGCCCGACACGCAGGACGAGAGGCGGACGCACAAGCACAACACGAACUACAGACUGGACUACGAGUACAAAAGCGGCCCGCUCAGCUACCGGGAUACGCUCAAGGUGUUUGACUUCGACAAAGUUGAUGGUGACAACAAGAACUUCUUGUCAGGAUCUUCAUCUUCGUCUUCGUCGGAACAACGUCGUGGUUUAGUGUCUUGUUCAACAACUACCGGCGGGCAUAAAAAUGCUCUGUCUUCAUCAACACAGCAGCACCUCGACGCGGCAAGUAGAACAAGAACCUUUUUUCGCUUUCCCGAGCUUCUUUUGGAGGAAGUAAACGCAUUCUUGAAGUGCGUGACCCGGGUUGUCACACUCGGCACGAAAUUUUCCACAACCAAGUACAACCAAGACAGUUCUUUCUACAAAAGCCGGCAGUCGUUCGACCGGCGGAAUCAGCAGUUCCUCCGCGAGAGCAUUGAAAACGCGUUGAAAAACUGGAUGCUCCUCGGAAAGUGGAAGAACCCCCUGCGGACGUUUCUCCAGUUAGACAAUCAGAAAAACGUGAAUUUACGGGCGGACGCAGCUAUGAAAAGUUACGACUCUCGGAAAGAAGAGGAGGAAGUGGGAAAUAGCCCGGACAGCAUUAUCAGCGACAUUAUGUGGCGGUUUGCGCUGUCCGUGCACCGCGUCCCGAUCUGUGAACGGAGGGACGACUGUGCUGAGGAGGAGGUAGCAGGAGGAGCGGGUAGCUAUCUGGAUGGCGAGAUACCGCUGGAGCAAUGUGGACCGAACAAGCGGCUGUUGGACCUGCUAGAAGAUUUGGAGAAAAGGGAGAAGGAGUUAGCGGCGCAAAACGAGGCUGAGCAGGGGGAUAAGAGUAAGAAAGAAAUGAAGUCCAAAGCGGAGAACAAGAGUGGUAAUAAAUUCGCCGACAUUCUCAGUAAGGACCAAGUCGAUCCGCAUAUGGGCUGGAUCAAAUUGAACCGAAUGCUUUUUCGCGGGACCACUACCGACGGCGGUGCUGGGGACGUGAAGGGGAAACUAAGGGAAGCUUUGUCGGAGAUGGAGCAGAAGCUAGAGAAGUUCGGAUUUGCGGAUGAACAGUGCGGAACUAUAAACACCAGCACGAACCAAGCUGUCGGUUCCUCUUUGUCUUCUAGCAGCAAGGCUCCUGCAAAAUUGAACAAUAUGCUGCAGGAAAAUAAAGGAAUAACUCCCGCCCGCUACGAAUCCGUGCGAGAUUUGAGUCCUUCAACAAGGCAAUACAUCGAGCAGUUGCGGUUCGUCUACGAAUGCUCUCUGAAGAACGAGAAGAAUCGGGCGAGCGAGCGACGACCACCGUCAACAGCAGCCUCGGACAUCUACACCGCUCCGAUGCUGAACGUGCUCGAGCGCAUGUUGCAAGAACGGGAGCAGAAUUCCUGCCAAAGUGAUGGUGGACAAGAACCCACUACUGGUGCUAGUAGGAGCAGCAGAAAAAUGCACCUCCAGAAGAACAAAUCCCUUUUGAAGCAGGCGGUCAUGCAGAUUCAGCAAUGCGAGCCCACUAACGACGUGGAUUGCAACCAGACGGGCGUUGAUCCUUUUCUGUUCCGCACACACUGCCCGCACGCUGAUCUGAGGGAAUUUGACUUGGUCAACAACCUGCACCGGAGGGAGAGGGAAGCGGAAGAGAAGAAAAGAAGGCAACGGGAUAGGGAAAUGGAAGUUGAGUAUGAAAAGAGGCAGAACAUCAAAUCGUCGGAUCAUCCUUUCCAAACUGGAAAGCUGCUUCAUCGCGGUGCUGGCAAGGACAAGGAGCAUAAUGCUGUUGGUGAGAAACGGUCCGAAAACUCCGAUAUUGAGGACGAGGAUGCGGAGGAUCGGGAUACCGAUAACGAGGAAGAGGAGAGUAGCAAACCCCGGCCUCUCAGCUUUCUGGCCGGCGUCCGGGCGGGCCAAAAGCAUGUGUACAAGCGAGUGGCCAAUUGGCAAAGCGUUGUGGCGAUGAAGCGCGUGCCAAAUAAUAUGCAGGGCAAAAACAUAAACAAGAAGCAGAACUCGCCCGCGAAAAAGCACAAGCGGGCGGAAAGCGAGAAGAAAGACAAGAGCAGAAACGGCAGUAAAAACGGGAAAAGUUCGAAGCUGUUCAAGCAGCAGAUAACGCCUUCUGGUCACAACAAUAAAACUACCUGCUUGAUCUCUGACAUUGAACAGGUGGUCGUGCGCGACGAGGACGAGGAAAACAGGGCAACUUUUGGAGACAACAUAUUAACUUCUUCUGCAACAGCGCCGGCGGGCAGCACAACUGCAACUACUAGAGAGGUCGCUAUCCACGCUUACCCGCAUGAAUCCAGUUAUUUCGCGUCCUCUGAGGUCGUUUACUACGAGGCAGUGAGCUCCUGGCUGGCGCAGCCGGACGACAUCGUGAAGUUCCCCGCGCUAACCCGCCGGGAUAUGGCCAGCAUGUUGAAAACGACAGAGAAGAGCAUUCUGACUACCAGCUCGCACAUUCUGAACAAGCCGAACUUUGCAGCGGACGGCAAGAAAGAUGGUGCUGAGCAAAAAAGUAGUAGCAAAAACACCUCAGGAGCAUCUUCAAAGGCUGCGCCGUCGAAACACCAUAACCACCACACGCCUUUCAAUGCGCCGAAGAUGAGCAAAGCGGUGAAACUGGACAACUGCUACAUCAACGAGAACUUCCUCGGCACCGGCGACUUCGUGAGGUUACACCACACCAUGCCCUCUCCGCGGUGGCAGCACAGCUUGCAGUAUUCCAAUAAAGACAGGGAGUUCAAGAUGGAGGACCUUAUGAAGGACACGGCGGCCACCAUUCUGGAGGGGGACAGCAACCCGGCAAAUUUUGGGGUGGCGGACAAGCCGCUCAGUAGCAAAAUGGUCUUCUGCAAGGUCUGGUUCGCGCUGGACCACUGCAUUGCCAGACUGGUGGAGCACGGUAUUGUGGAGGAGGUUGUGGAAAACUACGAGCAGAUCCUAGCGUCGUGGCGUGCGUCGGAGCAGAAUGACGUCACCAACGGUAGUGAUGUUGACCACGCAGAAGUAGAAGAUCUAGAUGUGUAUGGUACAACUUUCCGGUCAUCCGCCACUGCUGCUGCAGCUGCUUCCCUGCCACCUCCCCUUCCUCUCCACGACUACAAUUUGCUGCGCGACAAGAUCUUCUCGCUACCUCAAAAUCGAGAGGUUUUUGAAGUGAGGCAGAAAGUGCUUCGUGCGAUGGUCGGGAUGUUGAUAAUGCUGAUGACGGACGAUUUCGGGACGAAAGACAACGUCGACUUGUUGAAGUUCUGUGAGUUGUUGGAACCAAUUUUGCUGGCGUCGCAGACGAAAAAUCUUCCCGCGAGCGGACAUUUGGCCCCGCAGAUUCCAGGAUUUGACGCUCAUCCCAGAGGCCAAGAACCGAUGGCGACUACCGGGGAACAAGCAACCGGUCCUGCAGGUGAAAGUAACGACAUGGAUGUGGAUUUUGAGGAAAUAAAUAGCAACGCGAUGAAUCACGCAAGGACCACGGAUCAGAAGUUCCAGAUGUUGAAAUCGCUUGACAGCACCAUAGUUGCACCUCGACAGCACCCCACUUCGCACUUUCACAAGGAGCUCUCCUUCCUGACCGACGUGGAAAAUCUUUACAAAUCUCUGAAUUACGGCAACGUGUCCGGGUCGGACUGGGACCAGGGCUCACCGCUGAACGUGGAGAUGACGAAUGACAUGCUGCAAAACCUCGCGAACUUUGUCAUCGAUCUGCCCAGCUUUUUCAAAUUCCCCGGGGCGACCAACGACUGCUGCAAGGCGGUCAAGGAUCUAUUCGCCGCCACCUACAACCAGGUGCACAAAACUUUACCGAUCCGAGGGAGCGCGGUGGGAAAAAAAGCAGGAGCAGGACAAGGUGUUAGUCAGUUAACGAUCACGGACGGGAAGGAAGAUAAGGAAAAGGAAGAUGGUGGCGUAGAAGAUGCGACUUCAACUUCUAGCAAGAUGGAGUUGUAUGUGAAGGAGACACCAGCAACCGGCUCCGAUUUCGUUGUGGUCGAUUUAAUGGCGUCCGGCACUCCGCAGCCCUCAAACACGAAACACAAAACCGACAUGAACAAAACACACGCGCGGGUAAUCCGGCCGGAUUCGGUGGCGAACUGCACACCGAGUCUGAUGCCGUUGCAGGAAUUGUGCUCGGGCGCGACGAAGAGAGCCGCGACUGAUUCUCUUGCAGGCGGUGAAGCCGCGGGUGACGCCGCCUCUCAGGUAGUCGGUAAAGCAAACAAUUGCAGCAGUGCUUUUGACGAUACCGUGGUGAGCAAGAAUCCCUUCUUUGCCAACGCUUUCAAAAACGUAAUGGGAGAGACGAUGAAGAAGCACAAGGCGACGUCCUCCUUGGACAACAUCAGGCCUUCGUUCUUACAAGAGACGAGUUCUACUUCGCAAUCUUCUGCGACCUUUCAGCAGCGGUUUCCGGUGGAUAUCACGGAAUUACUGUUGAAAAACGCACCGUCAAUCGGAACUUCCACAGCUGCAGGAGGUCGAGCAAAGAGCAUGAAAUCCACCAAAGAGAUGGAGAAGGACCACGAGAAGGACGUCGGCGGAAAUAAUAAAACAGCAGAAAAAAAUGGAAGAAAAUCGAAGCGCGAUUUAGGCGACAACGAAAAUCAGAAGUCAGAACAUCAACCCGACCACCAGCAAGACUUCUCGAUCCCGACUAAUUUGACCGCUCUCGCCCUGGAACAGAACCCCUGCUUCCUCGUUGGUCAGGACAAGACGGACUUGACCGACGUGUUCGCGACCCAAGGCCAGAAGCUGCUGAUUGGCCCGUCGCGUCUGGAACAGGAGAAUGCCCCUUUGCCGCCGAGCAUCUUCAGCAUGGACAAGCGGAAGAUCGGGCUCAUGAAUUUCCACCAUCGGCAACGGGCGGAAGCGCAGCGCAAGGCGCAGUGGGAACAGGCGCACUGUGCGCACUUGAGCACGGGUAUCAAAUGUAAAAAUGUCUGGGUCUUUGAAAACUGCCAGACUUGUCAUGCAGGUUUUCCAUGACCCAAGCGGUCUGGUAUGUAGGGCAUAGCAUGACAGACUCCGUGAGAGUUAUAUCAUGCCUAUCCUGCAUGAGAAACUGCCUCUCGAUGAGGUCAAAAGUGGACAGCUUUUGGUAAUCAUGCAACACAGACUUCGUACGUGAUUGAGAUUUAGCAUGACAAGUUUCUUUGUUCCAGACCCAGACAUUUUUGCAUUUGAUAACGGGGUGGAAGUCGCAAAACGAGGACCGGCCGGUGACCCGGUUUAUCCACAGUAAAUUUCCCGUACACGUACAAAUGCAGUCUCUGCAUGACAAAAUUUGCCUUCAGUCCUAGUCUAGCAUGACAAGUUGGACACUGCAAGUUAGCGAAAUUUGUCAUGCAUUUUGUACAUGUGCGGGAAAUUUGCAUUGCAUACGGUUCCAGUGGCUGCACCUUCGGUUCUACUCCGACAUCCACUGCAUGCACUUGAAUGAGGGGAUCAACGACGAAGUCAACUUUCUCCGGGACGACUUUCUGCAGAAAAUGGCGGUCGCGGUAGAAAACCCGGACGCGACGCUCUCGUUGGACAAAACCAAAUUCAACCCGGUGUUUGGCCUGGGAAAAGACGGUCUCGGAGCCCACGAGGGGGCUAACCCGGCGAUGAAUCGUCUGGAAUUGAUGGACCGCCUGUUGAUCCGCGACAACCGGCUGGACGACUGCGUGCCGCGGUUCGUCAAGUCCGAUCACUCCGCCAGCAAUUUUUCUUUCUUGUCAAGUUACCAACCCCAUGGGAAGGGAAGCAUUGAGAACAACACGGAGCAGGCGCACAAUUCGUUACUGGGCGUCGUUCCGAUCGACAUUAAGGUGAUCAAUACGGAACGACAUUUGUUAGUACCGACACUAACCACCCUGCAGAAGCAAAAGGACAACCCGGCGGGCCUUGGCGGGGGUGCUGUGGAUGUCACAAACACCCAGGAAGCAGCCAGCGCCAUUGAUCGCGUCUACAAGCGGAUGCUCGCCGGUUGUAACGGGCUGGCGAAGGAAAAAGAGAAGGCCGCUCUGGAGGACGAUGUACUGCGUUUUGUCAAAACGCAGACUGCAUCUAAGCCAGAAAAUGGCAAACCAUCUGGAGCUGCUGCAAAAGCAAAAACUGGACCGGCCGCGAAGAGCAAAGCGAAAGCAAAAGCCGCACCAAAAGCGAAAGCAGCGAUGAAAAAAGUUGCGACUACUGGAGGCAAAGCGGGAACAGCCGGAGCUUCUGCAAAUAAGGAGAAGGCCGACACUGGUGAUCAGGACCUUACCGGCACUUCGUUAAAAUUGGUGCUGGACGUUGUGAACGCACAAAAAGUUAACUUCUUGAAGGAGUGCAACUUUCUUCGCGAGCAGCACGUGCAGUGGCAAAUUAGAGUGGAAUUCGGCCGGAUCUUUCAGCGCUUUUUUCUCGAAAGAAUCCGGUUUGCCCCCGCGAAGCUGGAGGCUGGCGUCGCGAUUUGGAACAGCUGCCGGCCGCCGAGCAGGGACUAUGUGAUCGACCGGAAAACGAUCUUGGAGAUGAAAAAGAAGCAGGACCAACUUCUCGCCGGAACGACGGGGGCAGGAGGCGCGAGCGCAUCAAGUAAAGCCAUGAAAUCAUCGUCAAAAGACAACAAGGGCCUGCUCGGCUUGACCGGAGGUCCUCUGAACACCAGAACUAAUGCGAUGAAGAAAAAGAACAAGAAAAAUAACAGUGAGAAGGACCUCCACAGUCAAAGUCAGACCAAGGACUUCCAGCGGUUUGAAAUCAUGAAUAACGACAACGACCCAACCGGCGAAAUGCCCCCCGGUUGGUCGAGGCACCACCCGCUCCGCCCGGAGCAACUCCGCUCCCUCUAUUGGAUGCAGAAACGGGAGCACGACAGCGACUACUUGCAAGUGGAGUACAAGCGGUAUCUUCCUGCGAAAAGAGGAUUCCAGGGACACCAGCCGUACAGCGGAAGACUGGAAGGCUCGCACAGACACGAUCCGAGCGACUCCUUUCACCGCCGUGUUGCGGAGUACAAGGCGAUCAAAAAUUGCCCUUUGUCGCAGGCCACGUGGUCUUUGGAAUUCAACAUGACGGCGAAUUACAACAAUCGCGGCGGUAUUCUGGCGGACAAAAUUGGCUUCGGAAAGACCGCGACGUGUAUUGGCUUGUUGGCAAGUUCCAAGGCGAUGGACUUGGGAUUGAUCAAAAAUUGGCUGCGUUUGGCGAACAGAGACACAGAAGACAAUUACGCAGGAGGAGCUUCUUCAACUACAGUGAUGGAACGAAAGUUGUCGAAGGAAGACCGGUUUCAGUUGGAGAGCGAGCGGGAUCUGAAGCUGAACCAACAACAAUUCUCCAACUCCUCGGCAGAAAACUCAGAAGCGGAGGACCAGGAUGAAAUCGAAGACGAAGAAGACGACCUGCUGGCGGACGACAAUGUGAAAACGAAAAAUGCAAGCAGGCCGCCUUUGAAGAAGCGAAAAGUCGACGAGGACGAGAAGCAGGACACUAGCAAGAAGGGCAAGAAAGCUGCAGCAAAGGCAGUUGCAGCAGAAGCAGCUGGCUCUUCUAGCACGAAUGUUAUGAAGAAGGACAACAAAGGAGGCACGAAGCAGCAGGCAAUGAAGAAAGAGAAACAAGGAAUGAAAACCGCGGCUCCUGAGCAAGACGAGCUUCCUACUCAGGAACGCAGCAGUUCGGCGAGCGCGAGUAGCGCAGCCGGAGAUAAGUCAACCGUUGAGCAGCAGGAUGCUAACGAAACUAAGCGAGGAGGCAAAGAAGAGAAAAAGCAGCUGACCUUCGCGAAAAUGUGCAAGAUCUUGCUAAGGGAAGACGGUGCAGCCGCUGGAACAUCAAACGCGAGUGAACAAAAUCUCGCAUCAGGACGAGGCUUUGUGUCGAGCUCCAGCAGUUCCUCCGCGCACGGUGGUCCUUUCUCCUCGGCUUCAGAGGAAGAGAUGCUGUGGACGAACAGCAGUUCUAGUACAAAUCGUUCCUCUCCUUCGACUUCUACUCACGAAUCCGCCGGUCUUUUCCCAGCCCCGAAGACCACCUUGAUUCUCGUCCCCUCCCACCUCAUCGACCAGUGGAGCACCGAGAUCGAAAAAUUCCUGCCGAACAACAAGCUGAAGAUCCUGUAUCCACAGUAAAUUUCCCGUACACGUAGACGUACUCGUACAAAUGCGGUCUCUGUAUGACAAAACUUGGCUUCGAUCCUAGUUAAGCAUGACAAAUCUGACGCUCCAAAUUGGUGAAAUUUGUGAUGCAUCUUGUACAUGUUGUACGGGAAAUUUGUAUUGCAUAUCCUGGUUUGCAAGAACAUCUCCCCCUUGAAGAUCCGGACAGUGUACGAUCUGCAGCAGUACGACGUAAUUCUCGUGACGUACCGGGUUUUAUACAGCUCCGUCCACCAGUCGCGUUUCGAAGAACUGUCCGGAUUAGGCGACGACAAAUUAAAAGAGGAAAAACUCGAGGAGAAGAAAAAAAAGGAGAAGGAAAAAGAGCAGAAAAAGCUGGAAAAAGAGCAGCAAGCCCGGCGAAAAAAGGCGGAUCAGAGGUUGGGCCGAUUCCACAACUCACUGGGAUAUCGGCCGUACUACAACGACGACUUUGAAGACGACGACUUAACCGGAUCGCCUUCGGAUGAUGAUAUGGACUACGAGGUCGAUGUCUUUGGUAUUCGUAGACCUAAACCGAAGAAGAAGAAAAAGGAGGAAAAAAAAGACGACACGGACUUCCAACUCCACCAACACGAGUACAUUACGAAACUACGGGAGAACACGCGAGUCUUCAUGAGUAGCACGCAUUCAAAACUCCCGGUCAGGUUUAAACCCUGGGCGCUGAAGGAAAAGGUAAAGGAGGACGUUUUGGUGGAUUUGGAUGAGGUUGCGGAGGAAGACAAAGAACAGAAUGAUCAAAAGACCAACGCAAAAACCUCUUCCGUACCUGGACGAGGUAGUGGCACGACAGGUAGCGACAUGAUGGAUGUUGACAGCACCAACAUCCUUGUCGACGCCGACGCCAGCAAGUCUAAGCCGGGGGUAAUGAAGCGCGGGCGGUCAAAGCCGUCUGCAGCCGCGUCGCAGGCCAGUCAGUUGUUCGGAAAUUCUGUUGUGCCACCGGCGUCGAAGAGCCGGACUAUCAUGGACAGUGUGUAUCCAAAGAAAUCUUCCUCUGCCGGCGGAAGUAGUUCUAGUUCUUCAUCUUCUUCGAUAAAAAACGACAAAUACCGGCUACUGCUGUUCCCGUUACUGGAGCAAUUUUACUUCCGCAGGAUUGUUUUCGACGAGUUCCACGAGCUGGAGGCGUUUGAAGACAAGCAGGUCUCCUCGCUUCUGAACCUGAAGGCUUUCAGCAAAUUCGGGCUAACCGGCACGCCGCAAGUCGACUCGGUUCGGAAUGUCGCCGCCACCGCGUCGCUAUUUGGUGUCGACCUCUGUGGCGUGUCCCAAGUGGAAGCCGAGUACGCGGACCGGCUCCACCGCUUAGCGAUGAGAGCCGACCUCAAAGACCCCCGCUCUGGCUUGUCCGCAGUGAUGGAUCCGCUUGGGGUGAGUUGCCCAAACUUUAACUUCAAACGCGGUCAGAAGUCGGCGAAACCGGACGGCGGGCGGAGAGGAUCCAACGAUCAUAGGCAGUAUGAGUACGAUUUGUUGCCGAUGACCGAGUGGAAGUGCAACUGCUGUCUAGAGCCCUACGUCUCCGGGAACGUGCCAGAUGGAAGAUCUCUCACGGUGAAGAGUGUGAAGUUUGCGGAAAAUAAUUCUUUGGUUCUUCCGCAGUCGCACGAACCCAGUACGAAGCUGGCGUUUAUCUGUCAGCACUGCGGCACGCACAACCACACCGCGGAUCUCUUCAUUGCUGGCGGGAAUGGGAAAUUGCUCAAUCAGCUGAACCACGGCAGGGCGAACGGUGACCACAGUGGCAUAAAUCGAGCACGUGCGGGCUCAGCGGCGCCAAUCCGGGGGGCGACAAGCAACGCGGUGCUGCGCCAGGCUGGGCUGAUUGCCAACAAUGCGAACAACGCGGCUAGAAGUGGAGGCACUGCAAAUAAUCAACAAGCACAAGCCGGUGGAUCGUCUGCGAGUACAGCUAGAGCUCUACACACCACCACUGCGAACGCCGGUGCAGUGGAAACUUUGCUCCCCCCGGAGGAGGACGAUGAUGACUAUAUUCACCAGCCGGAACUCCCCGGAGACCUUCUGCUGGGCGAAGAAGUGCAAGAAGAUGUUCUGAUGCAAUCCUCGCCUGACAGUUCCUUCCAGUCGGAGCACACGACCAGCAACGUGAAUCACAACGACAUGCGAUCGGAGCUCGACACCGACUUUGACCGGGACGGGGAUGAGGACGACGAAGGGUUUUCCGAUGAUUUGACCAUGUCGGACUACACGCCAAGCGAAGACAGCUUUCUGUACGGCGAAGCCCGGCGGCGGAACAACAGGCACGGAGGAGGCCGCGGGGGGAACAACGGCAGCGAACCCGCGACGUUCCAGAUUGAGCCCUUCGGGGUCUACGGCGCGCGACUGCAGGAGGGCUUCACGGAAAACCAAAACACCGUUGGCGCUUACAGCCACCACGUGCAGAACGUCAGUAAGGGGUUUUGCGCGAAUGUGCGGGACUGCUACUUCACGGCCAGCCGAAACGCGUUUGCGAAGCAGCGGCUGAAAUACCUGCAGGAGUGUCACCCGUGGGACCGGUCGAAAGUUUUUAGGGAAAACUGCGAGAAAUUCCUGCAAAGGUUCGUCCGCCAAAAUUCCGCCGUGACCGACGCGGACAAAAUCGUGACAAAAGAACACUGGAUCGCGGUCUCCCACACCGCAGAGGAGCGCGCAAUUUACCUCGCGCAAGCGAACGCGAUGAACUACCAAAGUGCGAGUACCAGCUCUACGGAGGAGCCAGGUGGAGCUGCUGGAAGCUCGACGUUCACUGGUACCGCACGAGGACCACCUGCUGAUCCAUUUGGUGCACCCCUGAGCGGUAGCUCCAGAAACAAUGCUUUAUCUUCAGCCUCUGACACGGCCUUGGAGAAGCGGGCAAAGCUGCUUCAGCUUUGCAGCCACCACACUCUAGGGGGCGAGGGGAGCUCGACCGGAGCGGAGUGCAGCCGGAUUUUCGAGCGAAAGCUGUCCGCGGUGAAACAGGCUGUCACGCAGAUCAAGGGAGUUUGUAGGAGACUCGCCGUUUUAAAGGCGAUUUCGAACAGCGACCCGGAGGAGAGGAGAAAGGGCUUUUCGAAGGUUCUAGACCCCGUGUCGCAAACCGCCGCGUCUUACGUGCGGCAGCAGCAGGCGAAGAUGAAGAAUUUGUCAGACAAGAAGGGAGGUUCUGCAACUUUUGUGGCGGCAAUGAAGAAAAUUUCCAAUGCUGGUGGUGCACAAGGGGCCGUUGCGAGUAGCUCUUCUGCGAAUGCAAGAAACAACCAGACUAAAUCCUCUGUCUCUCACAAAGAAGGAGCUGGCGCAGCUUCCUCGCCCGAGGGCAAAACUUCUAACGCGGAACAGCAGGAACUGGGCCUAGACCUCGUGUGCCCGCCGAUUGUGGACGAGCUGGCAAUAAACGAAUUAGAUGCGGUUUUAAAUGACGCCGGGGAUCUUGAUGUUGACUUCGACGACCUUGACGGAAUUAAAAAUCCAAGAUUGAGAAAGAAAGACAAAAGCUAUGUCGCGAGUGCGAACAGCACCAGAGCUGCUCCACUUACGGCUUCGCAGAAAUUUCCGAAACGGGUGAACAGCAAGGACGUCGAUCUCGAGGAAAUGAAGCGGAAAAAGCAGCAGGAUGCCGAGAAGAAGCGGAGGUUGGCGAAGACGUUUGCGGACUUCCCGUUUCAGGCUUAUUCGUUUCUUGCAAUGAUCAACAACGAGGAGAAAAGCGGGUUGACGAGGGAAGCGGUGCAGAAACUGUUCAACAUGGAGUCGAGUUCAUCCAUGAACAUCAAGUGGGCGGACGGGAACAAGAACAAUAGCUACGAUUGGCAAAACGUGUUGUCCAGCUUCUUUCCAACAGCUGAUAAUUUAAAGAAAAUCCAGAAAAUACAGCAAAAGUGGGACCAUGAGCGGGAACAGCACGAGAAGGUUUCCAGGGCGAAAUUUCACCCGAAAUUUUUCGAAAGUCUUCCGGAAAAGGAGAAGAAGAAGGUUUUGAAAGAAUUCGACCUGAAAGAGAACAAGCAAUACGAAGAGCUGCAACAGUUGACGAUGAACAAAAUACCUCUUUCAACAAAUAAUUCUAGCUCAUCAUCAUCAUCAAAAGCCGUGUCUUCUGCAAAAGCAGAGAACAACAAAGCAGAAAACGCCGUUUCCUUUCUCCGCUACCAGCCCCCGGCACCGCUAAAGCAGGGCGAAGUCGAUGCCAAUGCGAAAGGGAGGAAAAAGCAGCAGGAGCUAGGGGUGCAACUGGAGCGGCUGAAGGAGAAAACGAUCAGCGAGUUUCUCUCGCAGUUCAGCGCGUUGAGGGAGGUUGUGAACGUGUUUGCCUUUUUCAGGAAAACGCUGCAGAUUUACGGAAACAAAGACGGAGGGGAGCAGCAAGAGAAACCGGAGGACGACGAUGAUGAUGGUAUGGAUUUGAUACAUCUUGUUUGCUACAACUUCUCCGAGCUACUUACUAACAUCGCUAACGACUAGCGAUAGCUCAAAUUUAGAUGGAUUCGUCACAUCCUGCGUGUUGACAAAACUGAUUUUUGUGGGAGUAUUACUAUCUAUGAAAAAAACAAAUCGACGAGUCGGAGUCCAAAAACCUAUCAGGUCGAAAGUGCGUGCUUUGCUUGGAAGACCAGCUCCCGGUGAGCAGCCUGUCGAUAACCAGCUGCGGACAUGUAUUGCUUUUUUCUUUGGUUUGUCUUGGGUAGAAGUAGUUCUAGUGGACGGAAAUGGAAAAAGUGUUCAACAAAAAAUAUGCGUGCACUGCUACAACGAUGCCAUGCAGCGCGUCUAAGUACAACGAAAAAUCUUUCCAACACAAAAAUUAAGGUUUUCUGCGUCGAGUGUGUGCACCGACAGAUGCGGGCCGAGCACAACCAGUGCGCCCUUUGCCGCAAACCCCUCCGCGGAUCCAAAGACAUCUACUCGCUGGCCCUGGAAAUGAAGUCUGCGGGCGUGAAGAUCGAAGCGAAGAACGAGCAGCAGAAGAUCGACCAGCUGCGCGACGAAAACUUGCAAUUAGAGCAGAUGAAGGCGAAAAUGAAAUCGAAACCAGGCAAGCCGACAAGUGAACAUCAAAACGGAGGCGCUUUUGCGGCUGCGAACUCAUCCUCUGCUUCUGGUGCUGCAGUAGCAGGUGCCACUUCUGCGGAUCUUCAGCAACCUACUACCAGUUCCUACCAAGUGCAGAAGUACGACAACGAUUUGAUUUCGGAAAAGAUCCGGGAUCCGGAAAAGCACGCGGAGUUCGGGUCGAAAAUCCAGGCUAUUUGCCAGGUUCUACUGCACAUUGAGGAGACGGAACCGGGCGCGAAGGUGAUUUUGUUUUGUCAGUGGAAGAAUUUGAUGACCAAAAUUGGGAGCUGCUUGGAAAAAUACGGGUUCAAUUACGGAACCUUGACCGGGGACGCAAUCGCGCAAAACAAGAAACUGUCGGAGUUCAAGAACAUGAGUACUGCCACUGCACGACCUCCAGACAGCAAGGAUACUACUAGUAAAUCCGCAGCAGGACUAGCGAAGUCCUCCACUACGGGCAAUAUUAAAGGUCCGAAGUCCACCAACAUCCUUCUGCUUUCCCUUGAGACUUCCGCUGCAGGCACGAAUCUAGCGGAAGUCUGCCACCACUGCCUCCUCGUCCACCCCAUGAACGCGACAACGGUCGAUAAAGCCAUUUCCUUCGAGUUACAGGCGAUCGGGCGGAUUCGGCGGUACGGGCAGAAGGCGAAGGAGAUUCACGUGUGGCGGUUUCUGACCCUGAACUCUGUCGAAGAGGAGAUCGUGCGGGAACACGCAGAGGCGAUAAAACUGCGACAGGAAACGAAGAAACAACUUUUGCGAUAGUAUAACUGCAGAGCAGGUUUUUUUGGAUAAGCAGUAGGACUAGUGCCCUCAGUCUCACUAUCACUCCUUGAUUUUGUCGAACAAAAGGAAAUGGAAAUCAUAUCUCGAUCUACAAAGCCUUUCUUUCUGAAACUUGAAGUCAUGGAUAGAAAAUCUUUCUGAAAUUAUUUGAAGCCAUCUACAGAAAACCUUUCUGAGAUAUUGAAGUCAAUUCCUACACAAAAAAAAGCAAAUCACCUACAUUCUCAUUUACGUACAUCGUUGUGAAGCAAGCUAGGCAAGACUGCUUCAAGAAUUUUCAACAGGAAUAAUCGCGAUGGAGUGUCGCAUGCGCGCGACCAGCUUCAUAUGGUAAAUGAAGAAGUGACAAGGAUGAAAAAA